AUCUGUAAUUUCCUCACCAGGCUUACCGCAGUUCCCGCAUUUCAUCGCCGCCUCCGUUUAGACUAUACGAUUAGCGACGGAGCUUCUUAGUCCACCCCCGAAGAGACUUGACACAUGACAGUCGGCAACUCUAAUUAAUAAUCGUCUCUCUCCUUGAAGACUCCACGAAAAACCCUUCCAUUUCCUCCACAAAACCUGAGCCGAGCUGCCGGCUCUCACAGCAUUUCUUCUUCUCUCUCUGCGAUGGCGAGUCCAGAGAGCACCAUCAAUGGCCCGACGAAGGCGGCGGGGGCGGAUUCGAAGAGCUUGCGAAAUGCGUUCGGUGGCGUUAUCGCCUUCAUCAUACUCGUCCUGAUUGGAGUCCUGGCCUUCUCGAUCCGCCUUUUCUCUGUGAUAAAAUAUGAGAGUGUUAUUCACGAGUUUGAUCCCUACUUCAACUAUCGAGUUACUCAGUUCUUGUCAAAGAAUGGGAUAUACGACUUCUGGAACUGGUUUGAUGAUCGAACAUGGUAUCCUCUCGGCCGUGUAAUUGGUGGAACUGUUUAUCCGGGUUUGACCUUGACAGCUGGCACAAUUUGGAAGGUGGUGAAUUCCUUAAACAUUCCUCUGUCAGUAGAGACUGUUUGUGUGUUUACAGCACCAAUUUUCUCUGCCUUCGCUUCGUGGGCAGCUUAUCUACUGACUAAGGAAGUUAAGGGUCCUGGAGCUGGACUCACAGCUGCUGCUCUCUUGGCCAUGGUUCCAUCAUACAUAUCUCGGUCUGUGGCAGGAAGCUAUGACAAUGAAGCAGUUGCUAUAUUUGCAUUGGUCUUCACAUUCUAUCUUUAUAUUAAGACGCUGAAUACGGGGUCCCUUUUCUAUGCAACUCUAAAUGCCUUAGCAUACUUUUACAUGGUGUGCUCAUGGGGUGGCUACACCUUCAUUAUUAAUCUGAUUCCGAUGCACGUGCUUCUCUGCAUUGUAACGGGUCGUUAUUCCUCUCGACUGUACAUUGCUUAUGCACCUCUUGUGGUAUUGGGUACUUUGCUAGCUGCUUUGGUGCCUGUUGUUGGGUUUAAUGCCGUUUUGACAUCAGAACAUUUCGCUUCAUUUCUGGUUUUCAUUAUCAUCCAUGUUGUGGCGCUUGCAUACUAUAUUAAAGGGAUCCUCUCCCCAAAAAUGUUCAAAGUUGCUGUCACACUUGUUGUGUCUGUUGGCCUAGCAGUCUGUUGUGCGGUCAUAGCAAUUCUGAUAGCAGUUGUGGCAUCCAGCCCGACAAAGGGAUGGAGUGGACGAAGUCUAACCCUGCUUGAUCCGACUUACGCCAGCAAGUACAUACCAAUUAUCGCUAGUGUUAGUGAACAUCAGCCUCCUACUUGGCCAUCGUACUUCAUGGACAUCAAUGUGUUAGCUUUCCUGGUUCCAGCUGGGAUUAUUGCCUGCUUCAUGCCCUUAUCCGACUCAAGCUCUUUUGUCAUCCUUUAUAUUGUGACUUCUGUUUAUUUCUCUGGAGUCAUGGUACGGUUGAUGCUUGUACUUGCUCCAGCAGCAUGCAUCUUGUCUGGCAUUGCAUUGUCUGAAGCUUUUAAUGUCUUGACUCGAUCAAUCAAGUUUCAGCUACCUGGUAUAGCAGGGAACUCCACUGUUGCUGUAAGAAUGUGGUGUAUUUCAGAGGAAAAUGGUUCAAGUUCUGUUGUGGCACCAAGCGACGUAUCGAAGACUGAGAAGACUGAAGAAGUUGCAAAAGAAAAACCAGUGAAAAAGAACAGGAAGAAAGAAAAGGAGAAUGUGGAGAAGAAGCCCACACCAUCCAAAACUGAGAGGAGGCUUCUUGUAUUACCUCUGGAAGCAUCAGUCAUUGCUGUUCUCUUGCUUGUAUUGCUUGGUGCCUUCUAUGUGGUUCAUUGUGUAUGGGCAGCAGCAGAAGCUUAUUCAGCCCCUUCCAUUGUUCUAACAUCUCAGUCGAAUGAUGGUGGCUUGCAUGUCUUUGAUGAUUUUAGAGAGGCUUAUUCAUGGCUGAGCCACAAUACUGACGUGGAUGAUAAAGUUGCGUCAUGGUGGGACUAUGGCUACCAAACAACUGCUAUGGCUAACCGCACUGUUCUUGUCGACAACAACACCUGGAACAACACUCAUAUAGCUACUGUUGGCACAGCCAUGUCUUCCCCUGAGAAGCAAGCGUGGGAGAUCUUCCAUUCACUGGAUGUGAAAUAUGUCCUAGUAGUCUUUGGAGGUCUUGUUGGAUACCCUAGUGAUGAUAUCAAUAAGUUCCUUUGGAUGGUUCGGAUUGGAGGUGGCGAGUUCCCUCACAUCAAAGAACCUGAUUACCUGAGAGACGGGCAAUACCGGAUUGACGCUCAAGCUACUCCUACCAUGUUGAACUGUCUUAUGUACAAGCUGUCAUACUUCAGGUUUGUGGAAACAGACGGGAAAGGAUUUGACAGAGUAAGACGGACAGAAAUAGGCAAGAAACAUUUCAAGCUCACUCAUUUCGAAGAGGUAUUCACCACUCACCAUUGGAUGGUACGGAUCUACAAACUGAAGCCUCCAAGGAACAGAAUCCGCGGCAAGACAAAGAAAUCCAAGUCUUCGAGAUCGGUUAGCUCAAAGAGAGAUGUAAAGGGAAAGAGGAAUCCUUGGCACUAAGGGUAUAAACUUCAAUCUCAUACUACGAAGCCAACGUCAUCCUUCCCUGUAUAUGUGUAAACAUAACGCGUAUAUGCUACGUCCUCUUCGAGAGGUACAGAGCUUGGUGAAGCAGUCAAAAGGGAGAGAUUUUUGCAGGACUAUCUCCAUCCAUUGGGUUUCUUUUUGUUGUGACAAAACUUCGACUAGAGAUUAACAUGGUACAUUUUGGAUGAAAUUCUACCAGUCCGACUAGUGCAAGUUGUGGAUUCAUCUCUUCUACGUUUUAAAGUAAAGUAGCCGUGAUGCCCGUUCCUGCUUCCGAUCGUGGCUGGACUUAAGAUUCGGUCGCUAAAGAGCUUGGAGGCAGUGGGUCUUGGGUGAACUGAGUCGAGUUGUUAACUAGCUAUGUCCGAUGACAUAACAUUUAUUGUUCGCUUUAGGGCAGUGACUAUUUUGCUACGAAAUGAACAGGAUUUUGUGACAACUUGUUUACCUUUUAGUGACGAGUUCGUCAUUGAGG